UGGAUCAACGAUUUCACGCCGUUACUCCGUAAAUCACUGCUGGAUAAACCAGAGGAUUUCUCUCUGUCUUUUAAAAUAGUAAGAUGUAAAUUUGCUAUUGAUUGUUUGAUCACGGAAUUGGAUAAUAUUUUAGAAGCUUCAUAUCAAUCCAUACAUUUUUUCCUAUUUUUCAGCUCCGCUUCUCUUUUCAUUGAAUCUUUAAAGAUUUGUGAAAUCCAUUGUGAAGAUUUGUGCUUGGCUGACAAUGCGCUUUACCUCAAAUCAACUUGGUAGCUUGCUUCAAGGUCUCCAGUUUAAAGGUCGUUUUGUUUAUUUAGCAACAAUAAUUACCACAGAUCCUAAUCCAGGUACAAGUCCUUGCUUUGUUAAAGAUGAAGCAACAUACCGGAAGUUGUUAUCCUUGGCGGAGGGGUAGCCGCACUAAUCGAAGUGAAUCUUCAUGGCUUCAUGCUACUCUGGGAGAGAUGGAGGAGAAGACUCAGAAUAUGUUGAAUAUUCUAGAAGCAAAAUCCGAUUCGUUUUCUCAACGAGCUGAAUUUUUUUACCAUAAGAGGCCGCAGCUCAUUAGCAUGAUUGAAGAGUAUUACAAAGCAUACCGAGCAUUGGCAGAGCAAUUUGACCGUCUUAAGAGGCAAACUAGACAAAAUUCUCCUGAAUCUGUUCAAGUUUUCAAUGGAUCAUCUUGUGAAGCUCCACUUGUAAAGAAAAUUUCAGUGAAUGAGAACCUAAAUGAAGGAUGUAAGAAAUUUCUCAGAAGCCAAGGAAGGGGUUCUGAUUCAGAAGUAUCAGAAGCAGGGGAUCCAGAUAAUUGCAACCCGAGGAGCAAAAGGCUUUCUGACCAGGAAUCUAUAAACAUGAUACCUUCCGAUCAGGAAUCUGGAAGUGCGUCAUCUCAUUCACAUUCUGAGGUGAUUAGCCAUUUUGGAAAGCCUACAGAGACUGAAAAUGUUGGAAGCGAGAUGAGAGAAAAGAAAAAUAAAUUGGAAGAAGAGAGCUCGCUUCUUUAUAAACAAGUAACUGCCAAAAACAUUCAGGUUGAGCAUUUGAAGAUAAAAAACAAUAAAUUGGAGGAAAAGGCUUACUGCAAAGAAGAGAUGUCUCUGGUAAUGCAGGAUAGGAAUCUUUUGCAAAAAGAUUUGGAAAUAAUCAUAGUAGAAAACACAAAACUGAGGAAUGAAAAUGAAAAUGAGGUUAAUGUGUGGGAGAUGAAUGAUUUACUCAAGGAGUUAUACUUCAUCAGAGAAGAGAACGCCAAGCUGCGAAAUGAAAAUGAAAUCAAUGUACACCGGCUGCAAAUUCUUACAGAAAAGGUCAGCAGCCUGCAAAAGGAGAACAAAAGCUAUCACACCAUGUCAGUUGUCCUUGCCUAUGUCAAUGAAAAAUUGCAGAAAGAAAUGUGUGGAGUCAAUCAACAAAGUGAAGGCACAGUGAGAAAUCUGAAGGAUGAGAAAAAGAAGGUUGAAGUCAUAUUGGAAGCUAAAGAAAACCUAGUUUUGGAACAGAGUUUCAAAAUAAAGAAAUCACAAACUGAGGUCUGUGAUAGGAAUUUGAAGUUAGACAUCAUCAGAGCAGAAAACGCCAAACUGAGCAAUGGAAAUGAGGCUAAUGCAAAAACACAGGAAGAACUGAGGAAUGAAAAUGAGGUUAUUGCUCAAAGAGUGCAAGAGCUGAUGAAUGGAAAUGAGAUAAAUGGACAAAAACUGCAAGUUUUUACGAAAAUAGACCGAGGCAAUCGACAUGGCAAAGGUCAGGGUAAUGUACAAAUGCAAGUUCUUUCAGAAAAGCUGAAAAGGUUGGAAAAAGAGAAUUCAAAUCUAUCUAAACGGAAUAAUUUUAUGUCACUUUCAUAUGUCAAUAGCCAAGCUGCAAGAUUGGAUAAAAGCAAUACAAGGGGUCAUACUGAAAUUUCUGGAGCCAAUUUUCAGAGAAGAGGCACUGUUCCAAUUGUCGAGGGUGAGAAAAAGAAUGUUGAAAUUACAGUAGAAGCUAAAAAAGUGUCGGUACCAGAACAGAAUUUUAGAGUAGAGGAAUUGCAAAGGCAGGUAUGUGGUCUUGUGACAGAGAACGCCAUACUGAUGAAUGAGAUUGAGGUCAACUUUCAAAGCCUGCAAGUUCCUAAAGAAAAUUACCCUAACUUGCUGUCUGAGAAUUCAAAGCUCUAUACACAGAGGAAGAAUGUUGAGAUCAUAUUGGAAGAAAAGGAAAAAUUAGUAGUGAAACAGAGCCUCAAAAUAGGGGCACUGCAAAAUGAGGUCUAUCAGUUACUUGAUGAAAACAGAGUACAGGAGAUACAACUGCUGGAGCGAAAUGAAAAAAUAAGAGAGGCAGUAAGGCAGCUUUGUUUUACUUUGGAUGCAUUGAUGGAUAAAAAUAAGAGAUUGCAGAAAGCUCUCCAAAAAAUAAGAGAGGAAGAGGAAUUCAAGACUAAUAAUAUUGAAACCAGUAACUCACAAACUUCAAGGUGGAGGAAAUUUUUGUAUAGCAGCAGACGGAUACGAGGCUUUAGCUGCAUUGCUGAAGAAGCUGUGUGAAUUUAUACAUCAGGUUGGAAUUGUAUUUCAAGUUAUUUAACGUUUUUGUUUCUGAUUGCAAGUAUAUUGGAUUUUAAAAUGCUUGUUGAGAAAGGGUAUUCUGGAAGAGAUUUAUUAUCUGCAGUAACAUUUUAUAAAAGGGGAAAAAGAUUUGGUAAUUGUAUAUUUUUAACUGUGAACAUAAGAAAUUGAGUUGGAAAAUUCAUGUAAUAUUCUGUU